AUGCCUACCGAAUUCAUCAGUGUGACAUUUCCCAAUGCAUCGACGGAAGUCAAUCCAAUUCCAAAUGCUCCAAUUGACCCGGAGUAUCUCGCCCGCUAUGCUCGGACUCUGGACGACUAUGGCUUCAACUACACCCUAGUGCCGUACGAUUCGGCUUAUUUUGAUCCAUUCACAGUCGGCUCCGCGAUCGCGUCGGUGACCAAGAAUCUCAAGAUAGUUAUCGCGCUUCGGCCAAACACUUUGUACCCAACCGUCGCAGCCAAAGCUCUCGCAACUCUCGACCAGCUCAGCUCUGGACGAGCUGUUGUCCACUUUAUCGCUGGCGGCAGUGAUGCGGAGCAAGCCAGGGAAGGCGAUUUUCUUACCAAGGAUGAGCGAUACGCACGCCUUGAAGAAUACAUCAAGAUUGUGCGCCGUGCCUGGGAGUCAGCGGAUCCAUUCGACUGGGACGGCAAAUACUACCAAUUCAAGCAAUACAGCAACAAAGUCCGUCCCCUCAACGGUACUAUUCCAGUCUCAGUCGGCGGCUCCUCAGAUGAAGCCUACCGUAUUGGUGGCUCGCUCGCCGAUAUCUUCGGACUCUGGGGUGAACCACUGAAGGAAACUAAAGAACAAAUCGAUCGUAUCUAUGCUGAAGCAGCGAAGGCCGGUCGCGCAGAGAAUGACCGACCGCGAAUUUGGGUCACUUUCCGUCCUAUCAUUGCCGAAACCGAGGAGCUCGCUUGGGCAAAGGCCCACCGAACUCUGGAUAUAUUGAACAAGACCCGUGCAAAGGGGGAGACAAGUGGCCCCGCAAGGGGCCCCGCAAAUAACCCGACUCCGCAGAAUGUUGGCUCUCAGAGGCUGUUAGAUAUUGCAGCCAAGGGCGAAGUUCAAGAUCGCGCCCUGUGGUAUCCUACAGUUACUGCGACGAAUGCGCGUGGAGCAUCGACUGCGCUCGUCGGAUCGCCGAAGACGAUUAACGAUUCCAUUUUGGACUACAUUGAUCUCGGGGCCGAGCUAAUCUCCAUCCGUGGCUAUGAUAAUCUCAAUGAUGUUAUCGACUACGGGCGUUACGUCUUGCCCGAGGUUCGAAAGGUGUUGAAAGAGCGGGAGGAGAGCAAGAACACCACAGCCUAA